UGCUGGUUCCGGUGAGACUUGGCCUGCCCCCAUGACCUUUGCCACCAUCAUGCUGUGUCCCUGGAGGGGAAGGCUGAAGGUGUUGUUUGUCACACUGAUGCUGGUGGUACUCAUCUCGUGGCUCUAUUUCCUUUUGGGCAAUCUGGAAUAUGGGCCUUCCCUCCUGCCCUCCCCUUGCUUUGGGGAACAGCCAAAGCGGUACCUUGACCACCAGGCUUUGGUAUCCCAGGUGAGGAAAGUUGAAGAGGAAAACCAGCUCUUGCGGCUGCAGCUCGUCCAGGCUCAGGCUCAAGAAGGGACUGACAGCAACCAGCAGGGGUCAUCUUUUGUGGAAGACCAGGAUGUUCUUGGUGACAGAAGGAGCAAUCACACUGGCUGUCCCAAGCAGAGGAUGGUGCAGAAGUGUGAGCUUAUCCAUGUUGCAAUUGUGUGUGCUGGAUACAAUGCAAGUCGUGAUGUAGUCACCCUGGUGAAAUCCAUCCUCUUCCACAGGAAGAACCCUCUCCACUUCCAUCUCAUUACUGACCUUGUGGCGCAGCAGAUCCUUCGGACCCUGUUCCAGUCCUGGGUGGUGCCCUCGGUCCACGUUAGCUUCUACAACGCUGAUGAUUUGAAGCCAGAGGUGUCCUGGAUCCCUAACAAGCACUACUCAGGGAUCUAUGGGCUGAUGAAGCUGACUCUCACCAAGGCGCUUCCCUCUGACCUCUCGAAGGUCAUUGUCCUGGACACAGACAUCACCUUUGCCACUGACAUUGCUGAAUUGUGGGCUGUCUUGGGGAAGUUCUCAGACAAACAGGUGAUUGGGCUGGUGGAAAACCAAAGUGACUGGUACCUUGGGAAUCUCUGGAAGAACCAUAAACCAUGGCCAGCAUUGGGACGUGGCUUUAACACAGGAGUGAUCCUCUUGCUGCUGGACCGCCUGCGCCGAAUUGGCUGGGAGCAGAUGUGGCGCCUGACGGCAGAACGGGAACUCAUGAGCAUGCUCUCCACCUCUCUGGCAGAUCAGGACAUCUUUAAUGCAGUAAUUAAGCGAAGCCCGACGCUUGUGUAUCAGCUCCCUUGCUUCUGGAAUGUGCAGCUCUCUGACCAUACUCGUUCAGAACAGUGCUACACAGAGGUGUCUGAUCUCAAGGUAAUUCACUGGAACUCUCCCAAGAAGCUGAGAGUGAAGAAUAAGCAUGUGGAGUUCUUCCGGAACCUUUACCUGACCUUUUUGGAAUAUGAUGGCAACUUGCUACGCAGGGAACUCUUUGGCUGUGCCAACCUGCCCAGUUUGCCCAGUGGGCAGCUCCAGCAAGCCCUGGAAGAGCUGGAUGAAGACGAUCCUUGCUAUGACUUCCGGAGGCAGAGCCUCAUCCAGCACCGGGUGCACCUCUUCUUUCUGCAGUACGAGUCCCCAGCCUUGACUGAUGCAGCUGAUGUGACCCUUGUAGCUCAGCUGUCUAUGGACAGGUUACAGAUGUUGGAGGCCAUUUGCAAGCACUGGAUUGGCCCCAUCAGCCUGGCAUUGUACAUGUCUGAUGCAGAGGCCCAGCAAUUCCUGCGCUAUGCCCAGGCCUCAGAGGUGCUGAGUAGCCGCAGGAAUGUUGCCUAUCACAUUGUGUACAAGGAGGGGCAGUUUUACCCAAUCAACUUCUUGCGCAACAUAGCGUUGACAAAUGCACAAACGCCUUAUGUCUUCCUGACUGACAUUGACUUCCUGCCUAUGUAUGGCCUCUAUGAUUACCUCAGGGCCUCCAUCCUGCAACUGGAGCUGUCCCAGAGGAAAGCCGCCCUAAUUGUGCCUGCAUUUGAAACUCUACACUAUCGCCUCACCUUCCCCAAAUCCAAAGCGGAGCUGCUCUCCAUGCUGGACAUGGGCUCCCUCUAUACCUUCAGGUACCACGUGUGGCCGCAGGGCCACGCCCCAACAGACUAUGCCAAGUGGCGGACAGCCACAGUGCCAUAUCGUGUAGAGUGGCAGUCACACUUUGAGCCUUACGUUGUAGUAAGGCGUGACUGCCCCUUGUAUGACCAGAGAUUUGUUGGCUUCGGCUGGAACAAAGUGUCCCACGUGAUGGAACUUGAUGCCCAGGAGUACAAGUUGCUGGUGCUGCCCAAUGCCUUCAUCAUCCACAUGCCUCACGCCCCCAGUUUUGACAUCUCCAAGUUCCGCCUGAGCUCCAGCUACCGGGACUGUCUGGAAACCCUGAGGGAAGAGUUCCACCAGGACCUGUCACGCAAGUAUGGUGCUGCCGCACUGAAAUACCUCACUGCUGAGAGGAACCUGUGAGUGGUGGCUGG